AUGGGAUCUGGCACCUUCAUCACAGUCCUAGCCCCCCAAAGCUCCGGCACCCAAACAUUCCUCGCGUCAGGCUCCAGCACUGCGCUGUUAUCCCACGCAACUGCCCCGCCUAAGCUUUCCAAGAUACCACCGCUCCUCCCAAUACGUUGGCAAAAUAUUAUUAGCAUUUUCCCAUUCAUCUUGUACAGACGCGAGACACAUUACUCGUUGCAUCGCAUGUAUUCCCCCCCCUUCGUCGCAACCAACAAACCCGACUGCGAAGCCGCACUCGACGAUUGGGUCCGCGGCCAAUCUCUGAUCCAGCCUCGCACCUUCAGUCGAAAUCCCACCGCGGGCUCCACCCUCGAUGACGUGCUGCUCCCUUUCCAGAAGGCGAGUGGGAGCUGUUUGAUCUAUUUGAAUAUGAUCAAUGAAGACGACGAGGACACGUUGACACUGGCGGAGAUAUAUGCGGAGCUGCUCGGGCCGGACGGCGUGAUGAAGCAGUGUUUGGGGCAGACGAGGUCGCCGGCUAUUGGGGGGAGGAUGUCGUUCGGGACGAAGGGGUUGUUGAAGGCUGUGGUUACUGGGGCGCAGGUUGGGGGUGUGGGUGCUGAGAAUUAG